AUGGAAUAAAAUUUAAAAACACUCACGUUGUUUACAUGCUCUGAAUAUUAAGUGAAAUAAAAUUUAUAAAAGUGAUACUAGUUAAAAAUUACUGUAGAUUAAUACAUUAAAAACAAUUUUUUUUUUUUAAUCGUACAAUUUAAUACUACAUAUUAGUUGGUUAUUUAAUUUUUAGAGAUUAUUUUACUUUUUUACCUAACUCUUGAUAAAAAUAAAUAUGUGUAAUAUUGAGAUACGAAAAAAAUACGAUUAAUUUGAACUGAAUAAAAAAUAUUAACUUAAUUUUUAUAAUUAUAUGUGAACUUAGAACGUUUUUGUAAAAUAUGAAAUUGUAGUUUUAUAAAAAAUGAAUCAUGCUAAUAAUUGGACAGAAACGUGUGAUGAACAAGCCCGAAUUAGUGCAGAGCAGUUAGUUUCAACGUUUUCAACUCAGCCGUCAUCUCGACAAGAAGUCUUGGGACAUUUUAUUAAAUCAUUUGCUACUCAUUUCAAACGAGAAUGUGAUAGGUAUAACUGGCCAGACAAUGAUUCUGGUAACAGCGAUUCUGAUACAGAAUCAAUGGCAACUGUCAAGAAAAAGCCAUUUUUCAGACGUAUGUCAUUUAGAGCUUUAAGACCCCUUUUUCAUAAGCAACACUCAGAUGAAGUAGAAUUAGAUGCAGCAUCUAUUGUAUCACAGAGACCGAUGAAAUGUAAAAAGAAACUAGCAAAAAUAGUUGUAGAAUGUCGUAAGGAAGGAAUAGUAAAUUACAGAUUAGGUGAAACAAUUGAUGGCGGUGAACCAAAAUGGGAAAAAGCAAGACUUGCUCUAGUUAAAAGUACAGAUGGCUACACUUUAGAAUUUUAUUCUCCUCCCAAAUCUUUAAAACCAAAACAUGGAGUGUUCUGUUUUCUUAUACAAGAUGCUAGAGAAACCAAAGAAAUUGAAAUGCCUGAACGAUAUGCUAAUACUUUUGUUUUGAAGGAUGAAAAUAAUAUUGAAUAUAUAAUUGAUGCAUUAAAUCCUGAAGAAAUGCGCCAAUGGUUAGCAACAAUUAAAUAUUGUAUGCGUAAACGAGAUGGUUUACAUGAUGAUAUAAGUAUUAUAGGAAGCAUUGAUGGUAUAUUAGAUACAUCAGUUACCCAUUCAAAUGAUCACAUCUUAAACUCUUCUUAUAAUUCAAAUAAUAAUUUAGAUAUUGCAAAUUCAGAUGUUGAAAAUGAUAUAUCAGUAUCUUUACGCCUGUAUCCAUGGUUUCACGGGAUGCUUGCUCGAUCAGAUGCAACAAACUUAGUGUCACAUCUUGGUACUGAUGGUCAUGGCAUGUUUCUAGUGAGGCAGUCUGAAACCCGAAAGGGUGAAUAUGUGUUAACAUUUAAUUUCAAAGGAAAACCAAAACAUUUGCGUAUGACAUUGAAUGAUCAGGGACAUUGUCGUGUUCAACAUCUUUCAUUCUCUAGUAUACAAGAUAUGCUUGAACACUUCCAGACCCAUUUAAUACCUCUAGAAAAUGGGGGUCCUGGUGAUGUUACUCUUAGAGAUUAUAUAUUAAAUACACCAAUUAAGUAUGGAGUCAUACCUUCUAAUAGUAAUAUCAAUUAUAUUGUAAUAACUCGAGAUCCAAAUGCUCCACCAUCUCAAAAUACUGAACAUGGAUUGCGACCUUCUGCACCACAAUUAUACCGAGAAUUUAAAACAAUGUUGGCGCCCAUUAGAACAAAGACGAAAGAUUUACAAACUGAAUUUACCAAUCGUUUAACACCAGAACCUGGAGUCGGUAAUAUAGUCAGAGCAGUAAAUAACCAGUAUACUUUAAGAUAGUCCUAUUACUUAAUGGUUUAUAAAUUUCAGUAUUAUAAGUAAUUUUAUAAUUAUUAUUAUUAUUAUUAUAGUCUUCUUAAUUUAUUAUUGAAAUGGUUUAAUCUUUUUUUGUGUUGUGUGUUCUUGCCUUAUAGUGUAUAUUACAGUACUAAAUACCUAUUUACUAAUAGUUAAUGACUUAAAACUUUAUACUAUUUAUAUGAUUCAAUUAAACUCUAAAUGUGUGUUAUUGACCUUUUUUCGUGAAAAUUAUAGAUUAAAAAAGUGUAUCUUUGUAUAAAUAUAAAAUGUUAAAGGAAAUACUAUGUUUAGUAUAAAUUUAUCAUGAUACAUUGUUUAUA